GGAAUAAACUGCGCAGGAGCAUCCCGGGGACGAUUUGAGCAUAUUGAGCAAUGUUUGCGAGUUGAGGCUGUUGCUUAAAAAGCAGGCUGCUCAGCGAGUGCACUGCGCUUCACGGACCUACACCAGCGCCGUGCACACUCACUGUAGAGACAUGUAGAACAAUUCGCACUCCUAUUUAAAGUUGUUUCCCCAUUCUGGCUCUAGGUGGGCUCGGUGCUAUGUCCUUGCAUUCGGCUCUAAUUGAAACCACUGCACCUGGGGAUUAUGUCAUCUGUGGUGUUUCGUAGAGCGACUAGAAUGACCAUGUUUCUUGAAGAAUAAUGAAGGCGAUCAGUCAAAGCAGUUCAUAGCAGCCAAACGUGAUGGACAAUCGACGGAAGAAGAAGCUGACAUUCUUCACCAUUGGGCUCAUAUUUCUUCUCAGCGGUGUGGAAUAUGCUGUAAUAUUGCCCACAAUAUGGAUGUACUUGCAGACUUUGGAUGCAGCGCCUUACUUUCUGGGCUUGGCCCUGUCUGCAUUCAGCUUGACUGGCCUCCUGUCGGGGCCGCUGUUUGGCCACUGGUCCGACAGAACACGGAUCACCAAGAAAAUUAUUUUGUUCGCCAACUUUUUUGAGUUAAUUGGUAAUUUCAUGUACUUUAUGGGCUACUCCAAAUGGCUGUUACUGUCAAGCAGACUGGUGGCAGGCAUCGGCACAGGGGCUGGCUCAUCUAUCUUUGGCUUCCUGACCAGAAGCACUGCCCCCGAGGACCGCGCGACUGCGUUCGCUUCUGUCAUGGCAUGUCGACAAGCUGGCCUUCUCAUUGGUCCAGCAUUUAACAUCUUCCUGAGGUUGUGUGAUUUCAACCUGGGUCCUUUUGUGGUCAAUAAAUAUACGGCGCCAGGGUUGUUCAUGUGCAUGCUGUGGAUUCUCAUUCAACUGGCGGUGAUCUUCAUGUACUGGGACCUACCACCUCUAGAGAAGGGGAAGGCCAAGCACAGUCCAACAGGCCAGAGCAUGGAGGAUGAGCGAAGGCUAGUAGAAGAGGACAAUGAUGAGGAAAGGCCGCUGAUGGGUUCCCAGGAGGUGGAGGGCUCUUACGGCUCAGUCGUUGUAUCCAAACCACCCAGAUUGGAUGCCUCUACUGCAUCAAAUACCACGCUAAAUCAUAUCUCUGCACCUCCUUCGCCCGGGCUACCAGAGUCCCAUGAGUCUUCCAGUCCCUUUAAGAAUUUCAGCAUUUCACGAGAGUUCCUGAGAGAAGAAGUGGUCGUUCUGCUGGCUGCUCAGUUCAUCACCCUCUUCAAUCAGACAGCGCUGGAGACCAUGGUGACCCCGAUGACCCAGAAGUACUUUGGCUACGGGGAGCUGGAGAACAGCGUGAUGUAUUGUCUCUGCGGUGUGGAGGUGAUCGCUGGGUUUCUAUUUGUGCGCUGGCUGAGCCAGCGUGUUGCUGAGCGAGUGGUCCUGGCCAUCGGUCUGACCAUCUGCAACAUCUCUGGGGUCUGGUGCCUCAUCUUCCUGGCUAACCCACUAGGUGGUUUCCCAUGGCAGCUGACUGAGUUCGUCAUCGGGGUGUUUCUGCAGGUUUUGGGUUUGCCAUUUGUAGCUGUCGCUCAGGUUUCCCUCUUCUCCAAAGUUACUGCUGAGAAAACACAAGGUUUCAGUCAGGGAGUGCGUCGCUCAGUGGGCGGUCUAGCUACCAUUUUGGGCCCUCUGUGGGCCGGUGGCCUUACAGAGAACAUGUACAUCAUGAUGGGGGUGAUGAUGGCACUGCUGGCGCUACUAACGAUGAUGCUGGCUUUCUCAUACGAGCGGCUGGUUGCACCUGCUGCAGUGGAGCAAGUGGACGAGUCGGUCAACUGUGGCUAAUCCAGCACAUGGUCUAUGCAAUGAAAGUGGAUGUGGAAGUGGGAGAUUCCCUGCCCUGCGUCUUACUGUCCCUCCUUACUUUCAAUUUCUGCAUUGGGACCAGCAUGCAGGGUGAUAACACACACACUGACAGCACACAAAUCACCACCUUCUGAGGGCUUACCUAAAACUUGGACUUGUCAGCUUUGUGUGCAGAGGAUGAUCAAAGCACUGUUCUGGUGUACAGUAUAUGUUCAUUUCCCAUGGAAAUAUGGAAUCCUGCUGCCACCGCUAGUGCAAGCUUUGGAUGAAAGCUGUUUCCGUAAUUGUGUGUUCUGCACCGAGUACCAACCACACUUUGGUGCAUCACACAUUCUGCGAUUAAUGAACAUACCAAAUGGUUGUGGAUUUAGCUGUCCUUCUGUAUGUCCUUCAUCGGUAGGAGAAUAAAUGAGCUGUUCAGCCUUGUUUCUUGACACCACAUCCUCUGGAAAAACAGGCAUUUGAAAUACAAACCAGGCAUUAUUGUCUUAUAAAGUAAAAUGCACAAAGUUUUAACCAACACUUUACUUUUCCUUCGUCAGAAGGAUUUUGACCUCGACAAAAAAUCACGUCAAUCCACUCUUUGAUUUCUUCGGUCUACGUCUGAUAUAAUAUACGUUUUCCCUCUUACACAGUGACAUUUGCAAUGUUUUAUUUUUCUUGCAAGUUGUCUUUAUUAAUUUAAAUAUUGAAUGAUGUGCUUUGUUAAUUAAUACUUUCAGAGUGGCUUCUUUACUAUUGAAGCAAUGUGUUCACUGGGGGGUCACUGUCUAAAAGAACUGCUAACACUAACCCAAAGGAAUUGAAUUAUCACCCGGGGUGAUGAAUAUGCUCUGUCAAAGGCAUUUGAAACUUUACAGUAAUAAAAUUCUCAGGGAAAUACUAAAUACUAUGGAUGUCUGUCAAACUCAAAUUGAAGAAGGUUUUUUUAAAAUGUCUCAUCUUCCUGGCACAAAGGCUGUUGAGGCAUAAAGAAGGGAUUCUUGCUUUAAAAAAGUACAUAUUUCUAAUUGUUUGAUGAUGAUGUAGUACAUAUAUUCAACACUAGUGGGCACUCUUAGUCUUUCUAUGGAAAUAUAUCCCCGUCAGCACUGCUGAGCCAAAUGCUUGUAGUGUGAUAUAAGUCGGUCAGAUAAAUCCAUGAGGGGCACUAUGACAAAUACACAUUUAGGGGAAAAAACGCUUUAUUAGGAGCUCUGUUGUAAAAAAAUAAAAAGUCUUAUAGUGCACACCAAUCAGUCAAAGCACAGUUCUUUUUCCCCCGAAAGGCUUUGCAUUAUGCAUUGUUGGUGCAUUAUGUGUUUUACCUCUUGAUAAUUUGUUCAGGUUUUAUAUUCACAAACACCCAAAAUACAUUAUGAAAUGUAAGACUAUUUAUUUCUUAUUUAUUAUGCAUUUAUUUAUUAGAUUAUUUGUGAGCUCCUAACAUGUAACCAACACAUUAACUUUACUGUAUUACUUGUCUAUACAGAAAAGAUGAACUUUCACCAUA